CUGGCACUGCACUUUUUGUUGGGGUACUUUUUUGCUUGUAGGUGUUUUGGGCCAAAAGACACAAAAAUGUCUCUAAAAUUUAGUUAAAAUUAUGUGAAUAUUCACCUUCUUUGCCACGGGAUGCAAAAAUGCCCGCUUAGGGGGACAAUAGCACAUCAGGCUGAUCCUUGGUCCAGUCAGUGUACAGUGUGAAGUGGCAGGAAUCGCCAGUGUUUUGUGGGGACUUUUGGCUUGAAAGAGAAAACGUGCAAAAAGUGCGAAGAUUUAUUUUUGGGAAAGAGGAAAAGUCGCGAGUGUGAGUGAGCACCCCAUCUUACAUUUUUUUUUCUCUCUCUCUUGUUGUUAUUGUCCGGCUGUACGGGAGGUGUUGUUGCGAAUAAAGGGGGCUUUGAUGUGGCCGGGGCGUGUGCCCGGGGGUGAAGUGCAACACAGAGACGUGCGUGAGGUUGAUUGUGGGUGAGAAUGUCGGAGAAGGAGAGUCAGGCCCAUGAGUUUGUGCGGCGCAAGGAGUGGGUGAAAGCCAUUGAGCUGUACGAUCAGAUCCUCAGCACCAAUAACUUCAAGACGCCCAAGGAGAAGAUUGUGGCCUGCCUCUAUGGACGUUCAGAGGCAUCAGCUGAACUCUGCAAAUACGACAUUGUGAUUGCAGACUGCAGACGCCUCCUGAAAAUGCUCACCGAAAUGGACACCAUCAGUACUGCAGCCAAUGUCCGGCGACGACUCAUUUCGGCCCUCUGCCAGAUGAAAAGGUAUCAUGAGGCAGAGGCAGCCUGCAAGGAAUGGCUGAGUGCUUCAUCCCCAAAUGGAGUUUCUAGCAAUGCAGAAUUCACAAAGCUCCUCGAUCGCUAUCGCACAGUGUUGCAAAUGGCGAAUGGCCAGAAGAGUCCUGGGAGCCAGAGAGGAGCCCAGCAGCAACGCCUCGAUGAUGAGAUUGUGAGUUUGGAUGAGAAAUUGGAAGCUCUGACAUCCACCCAAAUGCCCCUCGAUCGCAUCGGCAAGAUCAUCAGUAAUGCUCCCGUGAAGAAUUCAAGCAGCGACAGCAUUUCCGUCUCCUCCAAUUCCUCCUCAUCCUCAUCCCUGUCAUCUUCCUCUGCAUCCUCAAGUUCUACGGGGACAUCUUCGGUGACGAAGAAACCUCAGUCUGAUGGUCCGAAUUGUAGUUCGCCCAGCCGGAGGGAUUCCAAGGGAAUGGAGGAACCGACGGUGGAGCAGCAAAUGGGAGAUUUGGAGCUGCAGGAGAAUAAUAAUUCGUCGGAAGAGAAGGAGGAGAAGGGAGCCAUUGUGUGCUUCUAUUGCUCCAUUUCCUUCAACGAUCGGGCAGAGCUGAGGGCUCAUUGUCAGACGGAGAGUCAUCAGAAUGUGAUUAUGUCAGAUGAAGGACGUGACUGGAAGUGUCGCCCGCCGCCACGUGGCUACAGUGCUGACUCCUACACGUUGUGUGAGAGUUUUGCGGAGAACAGUGUCUGCCACUAUGGGAAUCAGUGUGUAGAGGCGCACGGAGAUGAUGAACUCAAUGAGUGGAAGGAACGUUUUGAGUAUCGUCGAAUGCGACUGCAGCGAGCGUGUGAGAAGGAGUUGUAUGGCAAGAGUUACACGGAGCAACUGCUAGACAAGUGGCUGCAGGCACCGAGUCCGGACAAAGUGAUGAAGGAGAAGGUGGAGGGAGUGGAGGAGACGUGCUCAAAUGAACUGGUGACAACGGUUUCAGCUAAAGUUUCCAAGCGUGAUUGGACAUUUGUGCUGAAGACCAAACGACUGUUGAAGGCUGUUGCGCUGCUUCAGGAUGCCCAUAGGAAUCAUUUUUCGCUGAAACAGGUUUUUCUAGGGGAGCCAAGGGCAAGUAGCAGAGGUCAGGGAGGGAGUAGCAAAGUUAUCGAGGCGGAUCUGACGAGUGAUCAGGAAUGGGUUGUGUCUCAGAUAGAUUCCAGGUAUACGGAUCCUGCGUCAGAUCAGGGAAUUGUCCUUGAGCAUCGAGUAAAAGUGGUUUUUGUCACGGAAAUCUACGGAACUUUUCGUCAAUCGGUGGUUUUUGAUUUUGGCACGGAACCCGUACUAGUUAAACAUCUCUGUGUCGAUGUAAUUCCCGUGGCGGAUGCUGACAAAAUAACAGAAAUUAAGAAGGAGAUUGUUUUGUCGUCGGCAAAGCGCUGGGAUGAGGAAAAUGCCCAAAUAAUUCCCUUUACAACGCCCAAUGUGCCCCAUAUGACAACCCCUCAAGCGACAGCUGAUGCUGAGUACGAGAAGGAUCUGCUGGAACGGUAUCCAUGCCCUAGAGCAGCAACUUUCACGCUAACUCAGUCGACAAUUGUGGAGAAGAAGCUGACGAGGAAUAACUACCGGAAUCGCAUUCACGAACUGCUCUAUGUUGAAGAGAUUGCGAGGUAUGAGCAAGUGGCCAGGUACAAUUUGUCCACAAAGCUCACAAUCACCACAAAUUAUCUGCUGACGCCAAGUGGAAUGGCCACAAGUACGGCCAAAUAUUCGCACAGUGGAGAACUCUUUGCCCUCAUGACGCUGGGAAAGGAUGUUUCGGAAGAUACAUCAGCGGGACGAUUGAUUCUCAACAAUUGUACAAUGGUGUAUCUCUCGGCAUCUCUUCCCACUGGUGAGCCGGUAGAAGAUAAAAAGAGAAAGGUCUACGAGGCUCCCAUUGAGGACAAGGGUAAAAAUGUGAUCUACCUGAAGUUGUCAGCUGUGACAGUGAGUGAAUUAGGCCUCAAAGCUGAUACGGAAUUCUCGGCGGAUAUUCAGUUUCAGCUCAAUCGGUUGACUUACUGUGAAUGGCAUCAAGCCAUUGACAAGAUUGCCGAUUUUAAGAUAAUCUUUCCGGAAACCAUUCUUGAGCCCUCAAUACCGUGGACACCGAAGAAACAGUGGUCCGAAUCUCUGGAUCCAAAGUUGAAUACGAAGCAAAAGGAAGCAGUUGUGGCUAUUACGACUCCCGUGGAUGUUCCUCUACCGCCGAUUUUGCUCAUUGGACCCUUUGGAACGGGCAAAACGUACACUUUGGCCCAGGCUAUUCGGCAAUUGCUGGUACAGCCAGAUGCUAAAAUUUUGAUAUGUACUCAUUCAAAUUCAGCUGCGGAUUUGUACAUCAAAGAUUAUCUGCAUCCAUGGGUGGAGGCUGGUGUGGAGGAGGCAAGACCUCUUCGGGUGUACUAUCACAAACGUUGGGUGGCUACGGUUAAUAGUGUUGUGCAGAAGUAUUGCUUGAUUGAGACUGUGGGCAAUGCAAGAAGUUUCCGACGACCAACCGUUGAGGAUAUCAUGAAGACACGAAUUGUUGUGGUAACAUUGAGUAUUUCGAUGGAAUUGGCUUCAUUGGAUCUGCCUAAGGGCUACUUUACGCACAUACUGCUCGAUGAAGCGGCUCAAGCGAUGGAAUGUGAAGCUAUUAUGCCACUAGCACUGGCCAGUGAUAGUACAAGAAUUGUUCUAGCAGGUGAUCAUAUGCAAAUGUCACCGGAACUUUUUAGUAAUUUUGCAAAAGAACGUCGACUACAUAUUUCUCUGCUUGAACGGCUCUAUGAUCACUAUCCGGCGGAUUUUCCAUGCAAAAUUUUACUGUGUGAAAACUAUCGAGCCCAUGAGGCCAUUAUAAAGUUCACGUCGGAAUUGUUCUACGAUCAGAAACUUAUUGCGAGUGGCAAACAGCCGCGUCAUGAGAAAUUCUAUCCGUUGACAUUCUUUACGACACGGGGGGAGGAUGUUCAGGAUAAAAAUUCCACGGCCUUCUAUAAUAACUCCGAGGUGUACGAGGUUGUUGAACGUGUGGCGGAAUUGAGGAAGAGAUGGCCGCCAUCUUGGGGUAAAAUGAAUGAUCAGAGCAUAGGUAUCAUGACGCCAUAUGCCGAUCAGGUGUUUCGUAUUCGUUCGGAGCUGCGCAAAAGGCGAAUGGGCGGGAUAUCCGUUGAGAGAGUACUCAAUGUACAGGGCAAACAGUUUAGGGCUAUCUUUCUGUCGACGGUUCGUACGAGGCGUACGUGUACGAAUGAAGGCGUAAGCUCGAUGUCAGCUGAUGAUAUGGACUAUGGCUUCUUGAGUAACUCUAAGUUGCUCAAUACGGCCAUCACGAGAGCGCAGAGUCUGGUGGCUGUUGUUGGAGAUCCGGUGGCGCUGUGCUCGAUAGGACGGUGUCGAAAGGUGUGGGAGCGCUUCAUAGACAUCUGCAAUCAAAACAAAAGUCUCUUUGGCAUCACAUGGUCCCUUCUGCGAUCGCAGUUGGACGGUGUGGAGCUGAAGAAGACGUAUGUGCUGAAUCCCUUGGCACCUGAGUUCAUCCCACGAGCUCUGCAAGCCGAAGCAUACUUGCGAGAUCAGUCGGGAGUUGUAGCGACUCAGGGUCAAUAUGGGAUGCACCAGCAACACCGUUUUUCCCAUCCGCCCCUGCACCACCAUCACCCGCCACAGCCACCGCCUCAAUUUGGUCAGCAGGCACAGACGCCCAACCAGAUAAAUCACUCUGGUGGCUAUGGGCCCAUGAAUCACAUGAGAAGCGGCACAAUUCCGCAGUAUCUCAAUCAAGGACCACCUUCGGGUGGUCCUCCGCAUCAGCCCCCGCCUCAGCAACACCCACCCUAUUCCUAUCCCUUCUACUACUACCAGCAACAGCAACCGGGUGGACCUCCGCCACCGGGACCGCCACAAACACCCCAAACGCAGACACCGAUGAUGAGACCACCGCCACCGCCGCAACAACAACAGCAGCCGCCACAACAGCCGCAACAGCCGCAGACCCAAGGACCUCAGCCUCAGGUUCCGUCGACGAAUCUCUGGGGUACCAUUCCGGCUAACAUCAAUCCGGCGGCGGCAGGAACGGCGGCAUGGCAAAUGUCGGCAAAGCAGCAACAGCAGCAGCAACAGCAAAAUGCGAUGCAGCAGCUGAAUAUUAACAUGCAGAGGCCACACAAUCCAUCAGCUCCGUCUCUUAGGAGUCCAGGUGGUGUCCAUCCGCAGAUCAUGAUGCCUUACAUGCAGCAGCAGCAGUCACAGCAAAUUUCCGGGAAGCCACCGCCGCCGUUUAUAAUGCAACAGCAACAACGCGGUCUUGCCGGACCUAUGAGUCCUGCUGCAUUUCAACCACAGCCGCCGCCUGCUGCACAUCACGAUCACAUGCCCAACGACAUCAUGGCAACGAUCAACAGCAGGAAUGUCCAGCCUCUGCCAAUGCCGUUGUACCAGAGUCAUCAACAACAACCGCCGGCGAUUCCGUCGGGAGUUGGGGGGCAUUCGCUGUAUCAGGGGGCCGGGCAGCCGCUGGGAAAACCACUCAAUGCCGAUGUACGUCAUCCGGCUGAGAAGGACAUUCAGUUUCUGCAGAAUGUCCACUUCCCUGAGCGUCUGAUGCAACCUCCGCCACCACCACAGUCCCUAGUGCCGACCACUCAUCCGCAAAUCAGUCAUCACAUUGCCGCCGGCGGACUCAACAAUCUGCAGACGUCUGAUUUUGGGCAUCUGCUGCCGCCCAAUAUGAGUUUCUACGAGAUGUCGAUUGAGCCGAAGGAGUUUCAGCUGAAGUGGUUCUUUAAGUUGAUGGAGACUCAUGGGCUGGAGAUGGCGCACAAAUUCGCGGAGAUUCUGCGACAGGUGCCGACGCCAUGUUCGGCGGGUGGAAAGAUGACGCCGUCGCUGGUGGUGAAGGAGGCCCAACAGCCGGCGAUAAAUCCUCUGGCAGGGCUCAAUAGUCAGGUUGAUUUGGCUUUUGAUUCGCUCAUGAGUGGCUCGUCGAUUCCACAGCCGAUCAUGCGGGAGCUGUUUGGAGGAACUGCGGCGGCUCUGCAAACAUCAGCCGCGGCGACACCGCAGAUGGUUCCGUUCAAUUCGUCGGGUUCGUCAGGGAGAUCUUCGGAUGUUCUGGGAGAUUUGACACCGUCUCCAAUGUCCAGUCAGCAAUCUGUUCCGCUGUAUCGGCGUCAGGCCAGUCAGCACUACAGCAGUUCGGCUUCGUCUAAUGCCCAAUCCGUGACGUCAUCGACGCCGGAUCUCAUGGAGAAUCACCAUUCGAGCCUGUUUGACAGCGGAACCAGCCUCAAUUCGACGUCAUCGAUGUACCAUGGGAAUUUUAUGAGCAAUCUCGAUCCCUUUGCUACUGGACUCCCAUCUAUUCAGACACUAGCUGCUGGCCUUCAGCCGCACAUUUUUCAGUCGGCGCAGCAGCCACAGCAACCGCCAGAUGUGUCUAAUCCGACCAUUCUGCAGCGGCAACAGAAUACAACAGCUACAGGAGCUACCUAUGCCAGUGUUCUGACACAGGGAGCUGCGAAUUCGCAUCAUCCUCCUCAGCAUCCCAUGGGCAGCAAACAAAAUAUCCAUGGGGAUGACGACAAAGAUCCCUUUGCUGCCAUUCGGGAGCUGGGUCAACGGAGCAAUGGCUACUACAACUACUUUCAGUAGAAAAAAAAGAAAGGAAAAGAAAAUGAAGAAGGAGCAGAAAAGGAUUUUGCUACUCAUUUUUUUGGGAGGUCUUGUAUAAGGUAAGAAAGAAUUUAAAAGAAAAAAAAAAUUGUGUGUAAAAUUUAUUUAUGAUAUAAAUCUCUUAUAUAGAAAAAGAAAACUUAAAAAAAAAUAUUGCGAAUAAUUUGAAGUAAAGAAAAAAAAUGAAAAAAACAUAAAAAACUUACUAAAAAAACUUACUAUUUGGAUAAAGAAAAAAAUCAACCAAAAUAUUGUCUAAAUGUUCAAAAAGAAAAAAAAGAAAUUAAAAAAAAUAUUAGAUGUAGUUUUAUUUGAAAAAUAAGGUGAUGGAGAUAUCGUGAAACUCAAAACUUGACACCGAGAAAUACAAUUAGAAAAAAAAACAAUAAUUUUGAAAAAUACAAAAAAAAUAUCGAAUAACUCUUGUUUUCUUAAAGAAAAAUAUUUUCGACUAUUCGUUGCUGGUGUCAGCAAAUAUUCUAACUGCUUUUUUUUCUACAGAUUUCUUUUUUUUUCUGGGUAUUUUUUUCGAACUUCGAAAUAUAUUCGAAGAUCUUUUCGAAUUUUGAAAUACAUUCGAAGUUCUUUUCUAAUUUCGAAAUUCUUUUCGAUUUUCUAAAUACAUUCGAAAUUAUUUUGGAAAAUCUAUGGAAAGUUUAAUGUGAAGGUUGCGUAUCUGCCACUUAAGCGCUGUAAAAUCAUGUUCGAAAACCCGAUCGUCUUUUCAUUAUUUGUAAUUUUUAUUAAAAAAAAACUAGCAAAAAAUAUGCUAAUGGUCUCUUCAAGACUCGUUUUCAAACUUUCGAAUAUUAAAAAGCUCAAAAGUUAAUUUGAUUUAGAGAACAUUUAAACCGAGAGGUAAAGAUUCCGAUUUAGCGCUGUUAGUUCGUGUUCGAAAACCCGAUCGUUUUUUUCAUUAUUUGUAAAUUUUAUUUAAAAGAAAAACAAUAGCAAAAACUCAACCGAAAAUCUAAUGUUAAGUUCCUUAAUAUUCCGUUUAGGCGGUCUUACUUUGGGUUUGAAGUAAUUUUUCGCUGUUACAGUUCGAGUAAUUCGAAAUUGUGUUCGAAAAUCAACCGAAAAUGUAAGGUCAAGUUCAUUAAUUAUUAAUUCCGUUUAAGCGCUGAUUAAGUCCGAAAGAACUGUUCGCUGUUACUUUAAGUUUGAUUAAUUUGAAAUUCGGUUCGAAACUCAACCGAAAAUCUAAUGUCAAGUGCGUUAAUAUUCCGUUUAAGCGCUGCUACUUUGGGUUUUGAAGAAAUUUUUCGCUGUUACAGUUCGAGUAAUUUGAAAUUCUGUUCGAAAAUCAACCGAAAAUGUAAGGUUAAAUUCAUUAAUUUUCCGUUUAAGCGCUGAUUGAGUCCGAAGUAACAGUCCGCUGUUACUUUAAGUUCGAGUGAUUCGAAAUUCUGUUCGAAAAUCAACCGAAAAUCUAAUGUCAAGUUCGUUAAUGUUCCGUUUAAGCGCUGCUACUUUGGGUUUUGAAGAAAUUUUUCGCUGUUACAAUUCGAGUAAUUCGAAAUUCUGUUCGAAAAUCAACCGAAAAUGUAAUAUCAAGUUCGUGAAACCACCAUUUAAGCGCUAUUACUUUGUGUUCGACAAUCCGAUCGCCUUACCAUUCUUUAUAGUAAUUCUUAUUAAAGAAAAACAAUAGUCAGAAGUCAGCACAACAUUUUUCUAAUGUAAUGGCAUUUUCAAGACUCAUUUUCGAACUUAAUAUUCAAGAGUUAAAAAAUUAUUUGCUGCUAUUUCUGUACUGUUACUUUGAGUUCGAAGUAACUGUUCGCUGUUACUUUAAGUUUAAGUAAUUCGAAAUUUUUUUUCGAAAAUCAACCGAAAGAGAAAGGAAAAAUUUAGGAUAGCCUACGUCUUUUUUAUGAAUAUGCUUUACCCAUAAAAAUCCUGAUAUUUUUCGUCAUCUCGAGAAAUCAUUGGCAGUACAGGGCAAACGGAGAAAAUAACCUAAUUCAAAUAUUUAGUUUACAGGGGCGUGGCUUAUUUUUCCAUAAGAAAAACUUUUCAAUCUCUUCGUCAGUUUGAAAUGAAGUGAAUAAUUUUGGGGUUUCUAUCCUUGUGUUUUAUUUUAAAAAUGCUAAAGUCCAAUUAGACGAAGGUAGAGAAAGGGGGCGUGGCUUAAAAUGUUCAUAAGUGAAGUUCAUAACACAAAAGGUUAAACACUGUUUUUUUAAACCAACAAAUUUGUAUAUUACAAGUAAAUUUCUUAAUUUUUUUAACCGUCUCGUAUCUCAAUUCAAUUAGAGUAAUUGCUGAUAUAAACGACGAAUUGUGUUUCACGCUAUCCCAGCACGGUAAUAUUUAAAAAAAAAAGAGAGAGAAAAAACAUUAGAAUAGGAAGACAAAAAAAAACUAAAAAAACUCUAAAAAAAAAUUAAAAAAGCAUUAAAAUGAAAAAAAUUGCUAACUGAACCUAUAAUAACUUACAAUAUAAUUUAAUAAAA